AUGGGAAAGCCGGGCGGCUUUUUUAAGAGGCUUAAGAACAAGCAGAAGCGCCUUGCCACUCACCGUCGUCGAGGUACAAAGGGUGCUUCCAAAGAAGAACGACGUUUAAAGCAUAAUGAACUAGUCGAUUACUACGCGGCCAAGCGUGAAGCUGAGGAACUCGCUGCGAUCAGCAGCAGCAGCAGCAGUGAGAGUGAGGCGGCUUCCACUGACUCGGAACUGGAGGCACGUAAGGAGGAAAAGUCCCUUUUGGCACUGCGUCGCGUGCUGGGAAUAGCCGAUGGAGGCCGGGCAGUGAAACGCGGUCGUAAUAAUAGUCACAAUGGUAAUGACAAUAAUAACGGUAACAACAGUAAGCGUAAAGGUGUUGAAAAUCAGCGUGACAAUGAUUUGAGUAACGUGGAUACAACCGCCGUGAACGGCACAGUACCGUCGGAUGGUGGGGAUGACGACUGGAGGACAUUCCUUCCACAGGAUGAAGAGGAAGACGAGGAAGAAGAACUUGAGGAACUUGAGGAGGAAAACAGUUACGCAAUUGAGAGCGAUGGACAAGAGGUUGGGACGGAGGAUGGCUCACUAGAAGAGGAUGACGCAGAGGAUGUAAUGUCAAUGGAAGAGUCUGAGGAGGACGAAGAAGGAGAGGAUAGCGGAAAGGAGGACGCAUACGAGGAUGACGAGGAAGGAGACGGAGAUCAACAGAAAUUUGAGGAGGAGAAGGUCCAACUUCUACCGCAGUUUCACUUGGGUACAGCGAAGCUUGAGGCACUGCAACGCGUCGUACGCGAGGAUGAUCCGUGGUUCACAAAGUAUCAUAUCGAUAAGCAUGGAAGCAUUGACAGAUCACCGAUGAAGCUGUUAAAACAAAAAUAUCAUACAGAAUACGGACAGAUUGCGGUAUCAGCUUCGGCGCAUGCUAUGGAGCACCUCAUACAUGAACCCUUUCGCGUUGGAUGGCAAGGAACUGCCUCAGCACCACAAAAACUCGAUAAGAGGCCGCCGUACAUGCACGAAACACUUUGGAACAAAUGGUUGGAUUACCGUGCGGCGAAGUCUCGCGGACCUAUGACGGCGGAACAGCGGGGGCUGUUGGACCUUCUGCAGGGCUACCCCGAUGUCAUGGACUGUUGUCGAUCGGCUGAGAACGCUGAGGCACGUCGAGAAGUGUUUCUGCUUCACGCUCUCAACCAUUGGUACAAGGCACGUGCGGUUAUGGUCUUACACGAAGCCUUUCUACAUGAAAAGAAGCGUCAGAAAAGAAAGAACUCCAAGAAGAAGGUUAAAGGCAGCAGCGCGGUGUCGAGCAAGAAUCUGGAUGAUAGUGACGGUGAGGAUGGGGAGUAUGAACUGCGAGACCGUGGUUUUGGAAAAACGCGAUUGCUCAUUAUGCUCCCAAUGCGCAACAUUGCUCACGAAUAUGUGACCACGCUGAUAGAGUUGCUUCGUGCUAUCCCUGAGGACUGUCCGAGGCUCGCUACAUUUGACGAAGACUUCACUGAGCUUGCGGAGGCAAUGGAUCCAACUUUCUCACGCCGCCCCCGUGACUACCAACGACAGUUUGCCGGCAAUAUUGAUGAUUCUUUUUGUGUGGGUUUGCGAAUUGAACCAAGUCGUGUGCGAGUAUACACUCACCCGUUGAACAGUGAUAUGAUUAUCUGUUCCCCGUUGGGGUUGCGGCGGCGUCUCGAACGGAAUGGCGACGCCUCCGUGUCACUUUCCUCUAUUGAAGUUUGCCUUAUCGAUGAAGCUCAUGUUUUGUUGAUGCAGAACUGGCAGCAUGUGAUGGAGGUGCUCGGUUUGCUGAAUAAACGCCCACGCGACACAACAUACGGAUUAUCUGACUUGCGUCGUGUUUAUGCCUGGGCGCUUGCUGGACAGAGCGGACGCCAUCGGCAGACUAUUAUUUCAAGCAAUGUGACAAAUGCCGUCCUUCUUUCCACUUUUCGCACGUUUGUGAACAACUCUGGUCGCGUGUCGCUGCAUCGGAGGGAGGAAACAGGUGUGCUCCAGCAAAUUAUGGUGCCCGUGAGACAGCACUUUCUUCGCUUCGAUCCAGGAAGUUCUGUGGAAUCCUGCGAUGACGCGCGCUUUGACUUUUUCACGCGCGAGGUGCUUCCAACCAAGAUAUUACCGCCUGUUUCUCGUGAUGUGCGUACGAUCAUAUUCGUUCCCUCCUACUUUGACUACGUUCGCAUCCGAAACUAUAUGAUACGCGAGCAUCGCGACAGCUUCGCAGCCAUAUGCGAGUACACCUCUCUUCGGCAACAGCGCAAGUCACUGGGGCAGUUCACCGAUUUGGAGCGACCACUUCUGCUAGUCACGGAGCGUUUCUACUUUUUCAGGAGGUAUUUCGUGAAACAUGCGGAAAUCAUCGUGUUCUAUAGCCCACCUGUAUUCUCUAGCUUCUACGUCUCGCUUGUUGGGCGCCUUGUGGCCACGUCGCCAAACGCCUUCUCGCUCACUCUCUUUUGCAGAUACGACUCUCAUGAACUGAACAGGCUAGUGGGAACGGCGCGUGCACGACAGCUGGUGGAACGCGAGGCGGAGGCGUAUUCCUUCGUAACAAACUAG